UCCUCCAUGACGGAUUGCCCUAAUGUUUUAAUGGAAGUAGCAGGGGGAAAAAUAAGCUUCAAUGUAGAAGUCGAUCGUAGGAUUUUUAGGCAUCCUACACGAUUAUGAAGAAAUGGAGAAGCUUCUUUGCGCUCCAAGCGAACUUUUAGUCAAAAUAUUUGAAUUUUUACCUGCCUCAGAUCUCGCAUCGUUAGCGAAAACAUGUAGGAGAUUUCGGGACGUGGUGGCCAUUGACCAGAUCUGGCAUGAUCUAUGUCAAAAGAAUUACAAGGUUUCAAGUCUAGAUGGUUGGCCAUUGACAUCAUACAAAGAAUUGUAUGCUAUUGUAUUACAUAGAUAUGGCUGCAUUCUAGGACUUUGGAAAUUAGAAGUGCUUUAUUAUGGAGCAUUAAUAUAUGUCCAUGUACAAAAUGGAAAAAUUAUAGCAGAGAAUUGCUGUCCUCCAUUUGAUUGUUCCCACCUGGCAGAUCCACUGCGUCUUAAGCCAUUGUUUGAAAUAUCCAUAGAAAAUAAAACCGUUAAGACUACAUGUGUGACUGGCCUGCACACACAUCAUGAUGGUAUCGUUAAGGUUAACAGUACAAAAAGGUGUCAAGCAGAAGGAUUUACAUUCCUUUGUAGCAAAGCUGACUGGCAUAAUAUUAAACCUGUACAAUCCCAAAAUAUAGGAUACUUGCAGCAGUGGCUUGUAGAAGAGUACAAUGAUGGGAACAUAUUCUCGACAAGUCCUCAUCUUAUUCAUUUAAUCUUGAGCCGUUAUGCAGCUAUGCAUAACAUUUAUAGUUCAAACCUCAGAUUUAAUAGAUUGAGUAUACCUUCAACUGUUGGUCAUAAUGAUUCAAUUGUACUUCCUGGAAUAUACAAGGGUACUUACAGUAGCCAUGGGAUAGAACUUAUAAUGGUUUGUGAUUGUAAAGACAGAAUUCUUGGUACUAAGAUUACGGGCGAUCCUAAUGUCCCAUCUGGUGAGAUUACAUUCGAUGUCGACCUCACUUAUCCACUUGAAGAAGGCGAAGAAGACAAUGGAAGCAGCGUCCCAAGUAACAACAAAAAGCACCCUUUCCAUCUCCCUACUGGAUAUUUUGGUGAAAUUCCAACCCAUCUGAAAUACUACGUUAGAAAAUUCAAAGGUGUUGGCCGAAUAGCAAAUACCGGUUUUGUUUCACCGCAGUGGACUAAUAAUAUUUUAUAUGUUUUUGAAAAAAAUGAAUUUGGAAUACUUUGGACGGAGCUUCGAGCUUUUGCGAUGUUUCGUCGGACUGAAGAAGAGUUUCUUCAAAACUGAAUUCUAAUCCAAUUUUAACUGAUCGCAAAUACCACCUGAUGCCGGCUUUUCGCACUGUAUGUUCCAGUUUAUUAAUUUCGACCUCCUGACACGUGAUUAGCCAAGAAAAAACUGCUUGUCCUUGCAUGCUGGUAACGCAUUGACAUUAUCCCAAUCCACACCCAUUUCAUUUCACGUGUCAUUCCCUUGAGUAUCUUUGUUUAGCAGUAACGUCUAUGGAGAUUGAUUAAUAUGAAUUUAAAAAAAUUAU